AUGGUGCUGCUGUCCCGUCACACGGCCACACCGCACGCUCACAUGGCUAGGAGAGCCACAGCCAGCCCAAGACGGACGCCCACAUCCACCAACGUCAGCAAGUCUCUGGUGAGCUCGCUGGAGGCCCUGAGGGUGAGCACGGAGCUCAUCGAAGACGAACUCAAACCCCAUCUGGACACACUGCUGAGCAUCGCACAAGAGAAGAAGAGGGUGGUGGCGGAGCAGGUGGUGGAGUGCAGUGUGCUGCCGGUGUUGGCCCAGGUGCUGAGGAGGAAGAACAGCCUCACCAUCAACGCCACCAAACUGCUGGCAGAACUCGCCAAAGAACCCGUUGUGAGGGAGAGGUGUUUCCACACGGGAGUCUCCUUAGCCCUCCUCUCCCUCCUGACCAGCAGUGACCAGGAGCUUCUCCUGCACGUGGGCCGAGCCAUCAGCCGCAUCGGCCUCGACAGCCCUCUCCAACAGGAGAAGCUACUGAGGAGCGGUGCGGUGACUCGCCUGGCCUCCGUCCUGCAGCGCUACCCGGACAACGAGGCCCUGGUCGGGGUGUGUCUCCUGGCCUUCUGCAGCCUGGCGGACGUGGCCGAGGAGGAAGGCUUCUUCGCCAUGGCGUGGGAGCAACCGCAGCGCGUCACGCCCAGCGAGUGGCUCUUCAAAGGGACGUUCCGGAACACGGCCGGCUCCCUGUCGUCCACGGUGACCAUUGUUAAGCUGGUGGAGUGGUCGCCGGGCCAGUACGCGGUGACGGUGGAGGUGCACCAACGCUGCUCUACGGUCUUCUGGUCCGUGCACAACAGGUUCUACUCCACGGUCCGGUGGUUCCCCCGACCGCACCUGACGGGCUGGCCGAGGUUCUACAAGGUCAUCAAGUAUUCGGUGCAGGGGUUUCCUCAACACGGCAGCUGGAAGUCCAAACUCUUUCACACCCUUUUGUGAAGGCCGAGCUAAAGGCUAAACAAAGACUUAAACCGACCGAACCAAAAAAGUGGCUUUCUAGUGAAACUUUUUGUUUUCUUUAUUGCUUUGUCUUAAAUCAUUUCCAGAGUAUGUUUUGCUUGUGUGUGUGUGUGUUAUUUUUUCUAUACUAAGAAUUUCAUUGCAAUACACAGUAAA